CUUGUCGCCUCCUCCUUCCUUCCGCCGGCGAGCAGAGCUCUGGUUAGCAAACAGAAACGACACCCCUCUCUCUCUAACUUCUCUCUCUAACCCUUCUCCCCGUCUCCAUUCCGAUUUCCACGCCACCAAAAUAUCCCAAUUAAUUUUCCCCGUAUUUAUUAUUAUCUCCACCUCCUAAUUUCCAGGAAAAUAAAAAGCCAAGGUAAGCAGUUUUUUUUUCUCCCUACUUUUCCCUUUGGGUUUUUCCUCCAUUUCGCUCCAUGUUUAUCCCCUCUUGCGGCUUGCCUCCUCUCCGUGUUUAAUAUUUUAUUUUAGUAAAUGGAUAUUUCAGUGAUUUACAUCUUAUUGUAUUAGUUUUUUAAUAGGAAUAAUUGCGAUCCUGAGGUUAUUUUUUUUGACUGGGUUACGUGGUGUUCUUGCCUGCUGCUUCUGAUCUUCCAGAGAGGUUGAUUUGCCCGAUUUUUAGGGAGAUUGGGGGUUUAGGAUUUGAUACGAGUCUAAACUUUCCGUUUACCCUUUUUGGGUUGUGAAGAAAAGGUUCCAAUUUUUUUUUCGAUUGGUGCAUAUUGGAAUCCAGUUGGGGAAAAUGGGUCUCCAGAUGGAUUCUGGCAUGAAUUCUCAGCUGUUAGCUCGUUAUUUUGAGCGGCUGUUUGAGAUUUUGGGCGUUUUCUGUGUUACCCGGAAAUGGGUUGGUGUUGGAUAAGUUCAUCUGGAUUCUGCUUUUCUUCCCUCUUUCUUCCGGAUCUGAAAUUUGGAAGGUUUAUCAUGGUAAAAGGAAGUAACUUUUGGUUUUCUAAUCCAAUUUCUGCUAUAUCUUUUCGACUGUAUGCUUGGACAAGUUCAAACAACAAGACAAGCUAUGUCCUUUGAUCUACUGCUGAAACUAGGUUACCGGGUAGUGGUAGGACUAGAUAUUUUCCUUCCUUCUGGCUUUCUGAUUUGUCAAUUUUUCCCCUUGUUUUUUUUUUUUUUUUUUUCUGUCUGCGGUGGUUCUUGCUAGAUGAGGCUUGCCUGUGUAACUUGUGAGAUGUUUCUGCAUGUUAGGGAUCUGUAGAAAAGCUUGGAUUUUGCUUCAUCAUGUUGUAGAUUGUUGGCUCAAUCAGUAGUUCACAUUUGACAAGCUUUUCAGUUUAGGGGACUGUUUACAGGUUCAAUUUCAUACUUACACUGUGUAUUACUACAUAUGCAACUAUUGUUGACGCUUUGCUUUACCUUAUGCUUCUAUUGUAGUUAUUGCAAUUUGAAGGGACACUAGCUAAAAAGGACUGGGAGAUUCCAUUAUAUGCACUUCAUUGGACAAACUUGAAGGCCUUUUCAGGAAAUGGGAUCACAUUUCAACUUCAGUAACUUCGGCAACACUUCAUUUGGAGACGGUGCAGGAACCAAGUUACCACCAGUUGUCAGCACUCCAUUGGUCCGCCAGUCUUCAGUAUACUCUCUCACCUUCGAUGAGCUUCAGAACACCUGGGGGGGAAGCCUAGGGAAAGAUUUUGGCUCAAUGAACAUGGACGAGUUACUCAAAAACAUAUGCUCGGCUGAGGAAACUGGCAUCGAAGCUGGUGCUUCAGGCGGGAAUCUACAGAGACAAGGCUCCUUAACUUUGCCUAGGACCUUAAGUCAGAAAACCGUUGAUGAAGUUUGGAAAGAUUUCAUAAAAGAGAACACGGUAGCAGCCAAGGAGAUUGCUCCACCUGAUCCUCCUCAGAGGCAGCGAACGCUGGGAGAGAUGACACUGGAGGAGUUCCUGUUGAGAGCAGGUGUAGUUAGAGAGGAUACCAACAAGCAAAUGGGAAGGGAGAAUAACAAUGUGGGAUUCUUUGGCGAACUAAGUCAACUGAAUAAUAACAACAGUAGCAGUUUGGCACUUGGAUUCCAACAGCAACCAAAUCAAGCCUCGAGCUUGGGGAUGAAUGUCGGAGGAAUCAGACCCUCUAUGCAUCAUCAUAAUCAGCAGCCAUCUCAGCAGUUGCAUCAUCAUCAUCAGCAGCAGCAGCCAUCUCAGCAGUUGCAUCAUCAACCUAGGAGUCAGCACCAGCAGCCACCGCCACUCUUUCCCAAGCCAGCUACAGUGGCAUUUGCAUCUCCGAUGCACAUGGUGAAUGGUGGUGCACAGCUACCAAGCCAAGGGAUGAGGAGCUCUGGUGCUGUUGGCUUGGAAAACUCCUCAACGGGUAUAAACAAUAACAGUUUAGGUCGUGUGGGUGGUUUAGGAACUGGAGGCGUUACAGUUGCAACAGCUUCUCCUGCUAGCCAGAUAUCGCCUGAUGUGCUUUCGAGGAGUGAUGCUGAUACCUCAUCUGUGUCGCCGGUUCCUUAUGUGUUUACUCGGGGCAGAAAACCUAAUACGGCUUUGGAGAAGGUUGUUGAGAGAAGGCAGAGAAGGAUGAUUAAGAACAGGGAGUCUGCUGCACGAUCUCGAGCUCGUAAGCAGGCAUAUACGCUGGAACUGGAAGCUGAGGUGGCGAAACUGAAAGAGCUGAAUGAAGAGCUGGAAAGAAAACAGGCUGAAAUAAUGCAGAUGCAGAAGAAUCAGUUCUUGGAGAAAAUGAAUCAUCCAUGGGGAGGAAAAAGGUUAUGCUUGAGGAGAACACUGACAGGGCCUUGGUAGGAUCAACAUCAACACAUUUCCGAAGAAGUACGCGUUUGAGAGACGUUUCAACCUCUGGGCAUGCUUAUAUGAAUACUUACUGAACCUAUAUAGGGUAGAUUAGCUAUCGUCGUUUGUAGGGAGCAGAUGAUGUGAGUUUUGCCCUGUAAAUUACAAAAAUUGGUAGUAAUGCUGUCCUAGUGGAGUUUAGGAACAGGGAAUUCAUAUUAUUAAGUUAAGAAAACAAUGCAAGCUACGGUCCACUGUUGUCUGUAUAUUCUUUGUUAAUUGUUGUGGACU